AUGGUAUCCUAUAACACAUUUGUGGAGAGUAGAAAACAGAUUGGUUCGUAUUUUGUCUCAUUUUUUUAUUUUUCCCAAAAUUUUUUUUAUUUUUUUUCAAAAUUUUGUUAAAAAAUCUCAAAAAUCAUCGUAUUUUAGGUCGAAUGCGAGACGCGAGGACAUUCACCGUGGUCCUGGUGGUCCUGUACGGGAUUCUGAAGGAGUUCCGACCCUCCACUCCAUUCCUGACCCCGUUUUUGGAAGGCCCCACCAAAAAUUUCUCAGUUCAAGAGCUCUAUGGCGAAAUUUAUCCGUUCUGGACGUAUUCUUACUUGGUUUUCCUGGUAAUAACGCUAAAAUUAGGCUCUGAAAUGAAUGAAAAUGAUUUUAGAUACCGGUAUUUUUCAUUACCGACCUCCUAAAAUACAAGCCAGUGGUUGUUCUGGAAGCGGCAUCGCUGACUUUAACCUGGGGAUUGUUGGUGUUCGGGAAGACCGUAUGGCAAAUGCAGAUCAUGCAGAUUGCUUUUGGUGAGUUUACGGGAUGGAAAGGCAACUUAUUUUUUUGUAAAAUACGAUGAGGAAGUGUUCGGAUUUUUUAAGGAAAUUUGGACAGUGCAAAAAAAAUUUUUUCUUGAAAAAUCUAUUUUUUUUUUACAUAAUCUUGAAUGCGCAUUGCGCACUGUGCAAUAAAAUUCAAAAAGUUUUUUUUUGGUGUGAACAUUGAAUUCUGUUUACCAUAUGUUUCGCACUGUGCAAGCCCAAAAAAUUGCACAGUGCAAACGCAAAAAACGUUUGUCGCGACUACUGCACUGUGCAAAAUGGCAAAAAUGGGCUGCGACGACUGCACUGUGCAAACCCAAAACACUUUGCACUGUGCGAAAUCGCAAAAGCUUUUGUCGCGACGACCGCACUGUGCAAGACAAUUUUUGUUUGUUGAUUGCACUGUGCAAAAAAAGAGAGAAUUCUUUUGUGCACAGUGCAAAAUCCGGGAUUUUUUUGUCGCAACCGGUGGAUUGCACAGUGCAAAAGUAAUUGCCAGGGAAAAUUUCCACAACUCUUUAGUAAAAAAAAUUUAUUUUCAGGUAUGGCCACCUCCGCCGAAAUCGCAUACUACUCUUACUUGUACGCAGUUGUCGACAAAAGAAACUUCAAAAAAGUGACAGCUUACAUUCGAAGCGCAGUCAUGUUGGGGAAAUUCUUUGGCUACGCAGUGGCUCAAAUCAUUGUCACCUUCGACAAUGGGGCGUAUUUAUUGCUGAAUCAGGUAGAAUUUGAAAUUUUAAAAUAAUAUUACAUAUAGAUACGAAGUUUUGGGGAAAAAACUCUGUACAACGAAUUUCAAAAGGAAGAAAAAUUGUUUGUUAUAGAAGGGUUUUGUUAUAAAUUUUGAUUUUUCAGACCUUUGAAAUUUUUUGUCAUUACAGGUUGUACAGAGGCUAUGUGACAAAAAAUAUCAAAAAAAAAAUCGCAUGCUGAAGGCAAAAAAACUAUUUUCAGAUCACACUGGCCUCAGUUUCAGUGACCUUUGUCAUCUCUUUGAUCCUGCAAUUCCACAAAACCCCCGACAACACUCUAAUGCCGGACACUGUGCAGCCCCAUGACGCCGAAUUUCAUGAGACACGCGCUCAAAAAACAGUCCCAAAAAUGUCGAAAAACGUCCUCAGCGAGUUGCUCGAGGCGUUCAGAGACCCCACAGUCCUCUCGUGGUCGAUUUGGUGGGCUCUGGCGUCAUGUGGAAUGUACCAAGUGCAAAAUUAUUCGCAAAGCUUGUGGUCGCCAAUGCAUAAAGCUGGCCAGUUCAUGGGCAAUGGCGUUAUGGAGUGCAUAACGACGCUGUCGAGUAAGUUGCGGUAAAUUUGAGUAAUUGGGAAAAGCUGUGGAGACCAUGGCUUGGGACUAAAAAAUCUUUGCGUGUCCAGAAAAUGUGUCACGAUGACACCUCUUUAAAAUGUGUCAGCGGUUUAAAAAAAGGGUGUAUAUGGCUAGGAGUAUUCCCGGGAGUAAUCAUAAAAAAAUUUAAAUUCAAAACUUUUGCAAUGCACAAUUUGGAUGACGGAUUUUUUGGAAUUUCUGGAUUUUUCCGCGGGAAGAGCCUUUGCAACACCCGAAAUUUUCUGGCAUGCUCUAAGCAGUACCAUUAGCCAUAUACAGCAGUUCUUUAUACCACUUGCACAUUUUUGACGGAUGUCAUCGUGACACAUUUUUUUAAGAAACUUGGCACAAAUUUUGUAUAAUUUUUUCUAAUGUAUAUGCGUGAAUCCUAGAUUGCGCUUUGCAGAAACAACCGAGAUUUUUAUAUCGAAGGUCGGCGAAAAUUUGAGAUUUUUUGCCGAAUUUUGGCACGAAAAGUUUCACACUUAUUUCUACCGUAUAGGGUAAUGUUUCUACAGCAAAUCAAUUUUUUCCGCAAGAAACUGGCAAAGUUAUGGCUAAAAAACGUUUUUCUCACUAACCGCUCUCCACGUUUAGCGCGCCCUCUCGGCGGCAUAAAUCGUCCGAUAUCUCGGCGGCGCCUGCAAAGCGCGAGCUAAAACUUUCAGUUAUUGAUAUUUAGUCUAUGCCCGAAGUGUGUGGAAAAUUUAAAGAAAAUCUGAGCGUCGCACUUGGGGUACUUCCCUAGUUGAUCAAAAAAAAUCUGUGUCGCACUUUUGUUUCUAUUGUGAACCUUUUUACCACCAAAACAUACCGAGCAUCGUAUUUUACAUUUUUAUUUUUUAUUUCAGCCACCCUUCUCACCUUCGGCCUCCAAUACGUUAGUUUCAACUGGAAGAAGCACAGCUCCACGGUCUUCCUGACCACCUCCAUCUUCUCCUCCCUUCUGUUGGCCGGAAUGGCGUUUAUUCAAAAUAUUUUCGUCUCCUACUUCUUCUACAUCCUCAAUUCAACUCUCUAUCACGUCUUGAUCGCCGCGGCCAGCACCACAAUCGCAGCGCAACUCCAGUCCUCCAAGUAUUCGUUGAUUUUCGGCUUCAACACUUUUGUCGCGCUCUUCCUGCAGACCGCGCUAACGUUCGCUGUCGCGGACAAGCAUGGGAUGAACUUGCCGAUCAUCACUCAGUUCUAUGUUUACAGUGGGUAUUUCGCUGUGUUGGCGCUUUUGUUCGUGCCGUUUGCCAUCUUCCAGAAGCGGUUUAUUCCGGAUGAAGAUUGCGAGGAUUCGGAGGACAGUGGAGAAGAUAAAGGAACAAAUAAUGAGCUUGUUAGGAUGUAG